ACACCUCCUCGGGCAUUGGUACGGGACUGGCUACCAACCGCGUUGUCAUAGCAACCAAAUCCCCCGCGCAGACGGCUGCUGUCGACGCACUCCGACAGCAGAGGCAUAGGGCCAUGGAGGUGUAUGGGCUGUACUUGGAGCUACUGACCAUCUUCAUCACCCACCCGUCGGUGGUGGUAGGUACAUAUGCCGCAAGCACUAUCAAGAUGGCCUUGAGCACCCCGGCUUUGGUACAGAAUGCACCUGAGUUCAAGGGCUAUGACCUGUUGUUGGCGGCCCUCCCCAGUGUGUUGCAGGGUGUGGUGAUGCUAGCCAUGAAGAGUGAUGGGCCUGACACCUCCGCCUCCGCUGACACUCCCGUGGCGGUGUAUCUGCUCAUGGACUUUGACGACGUCAAUGCCUUCAGCGCCUUCCACUCCACCGCUCGCUCUAAUGCGCUGCAGUUGGCACAGGCCAUGGCCACCAUUGCGCCGGUCGAGGCCUUUGAGCUUUUGAUUGGUUACCUGAGUGAGCUGGCCAAUGAAAUCGCCGCUUUGGAUGCGAGUACUGUACAAAUGCCCGAGGUGCCAUUGGAGAACAGGCGCAAGUGGGAAGCGCUGAGUGUCAUCUUUGGCAAAACUGUAACAGGCAUGCUGGAGGCCAGAACCAAACUACUGAGCGAAAAGCAGGACUCGCCCAUUCGAGCCACCGCUAUAGCUACCAUUGAGAAUAGCAUCCAGAACUCUUAUCCUGCGCUGGUUGCCUUCGCCCCGCGUGUACAUUCGAUGAUGGCGGCGCAUCUCAACACUCUGUCGUCGUACCUGCCUUAUCUGGCCAUCAAUCCGUCCCACCUGAUGUCGUACAUUGACAUGUUGUUUUCGCAUCUGCUCAAACCGGCGGUAAACACAGUCGGCAACCAGAGUGCCGUGGGGGGUCGUCCUAAGACGGUAGACGGAGUGUUUGAUGUCGAGGAAGUGGGGCAGUUGCUGGUCAGGCGCAGUGCCUGCAAGUACUUCAUCCGUGCGUGCAAGGACACCAACGGCCAAAUGCUGUCACUGGCCGAGGAGUGUGUGCGCAAGGUGGACUCUAUGUGGUCUAAUCAGCUUCUGUCAUGGGGUGAACGCGGCUUGUUAAUCGAGGGACUAUUUCUGGUUAGCAACCACAUCACGGACAGCGCCCAGCAGAGCGAGUUUCUGAAUCAGGUGGCAGGCGAUACCAUCAAUCGGUGGACUACAAACGAGCUGACUAGGGGUGUUGCCAGUGCCGCGUCCUUCGUGUCGUAUAUUGGUAUCGACGCCCUUGACCCCAGCGAAGACGCACUCACCCACCGUGAGACCAUGAUUGGGUGUGUCAAGGUCAUCUACGGUGCCUCCAUGCGCCUCACCACACCCCACAGACCACCCACUCACAUGGCCCAGGCACGGGCACAGGCCAUAGGCAGCACCUCUACGCCCCAGGACGUCUUUGCGCCUGUGCUGUUGGCUGUGCUGCCUAACUUGCUCAGCAUGAUCAGAUGUGUCCAUGAGCUGUGGACUGUGCAGGGCCGCACGCACAUCCAUCCACAGCUGCAUGGUGUGCUGGAGAUGAGCAAAGAAGAAGCGGCGCUGCGUCUGGGCGGGUUUCUCAGCAACAACGCCGAGAAGCGCAGAGGUAGCAAAGACACGGACAACAACGCACAGAUCACCUUCAAGACAGGCAUUGACAGUGUACGUAAUUUCUUGGACAACAUGCGAGACAACUCCUAUCUGGCCCUCAAGUACAUGCUGGGGCGUGCUGUCUUCUACACCAUCCCAGACAUCUCCGGCAUUCUGCUGGAGACGGUGUUUAACGGCAUGGAUCAGAUGCAACUCAAACACGUGCGCUUUGUCACGAAGAACGUUGUGCACACACUUGUGGACAACUGCCCCGCCCAGCACCACCGCACCAUCCUGUCGUCAUUGCUGCCUGGCUACAUCAGCUUCAUCACACAGCUGCUAGACGAGCAGUGGAGUGAGUUCAUGCGGCGUGUGCCUGACUUGCGUGCAGGGGGAGGUCUUGAAGGGGGUCUGCCAAAUGACCGCGACUCCACCCGCGGCACAGAGAAUGAGGAGGUAUUGGCUGUGUUGGAGUGUUUGUGUGUUGCUUAG